CAGCAUUUUCGCCCUAGGUAGCCGUAUCUUUCUGACAAACACAUUCCCAAAAGUCUUAAUUCUGGCGCAUAAAACGAGGACGAGCGGGAAAACACCUUCAUCCAUCGCCCAAAUAUCCACUUUUGUCCCUUUUGUCGUCAAAUUUGACCACUGUGAGUGUCGCAGCUGUCCCGGGAUAGCUACUGGUGCUCGGCUGUGGCCCGGGCGCGGCUAACCCUCAUCCGGGCUAACCUUCCAGGAAGCGUCCUCACAGGCGACCGAGGCCGACGUCCUGCCGCUAAAACCUCGUCUGUGGAGCCGCGGCAGCCUCCCAGACAGGAGGAGGUACCAGUAGUGACCGGGGCGGUGGAGGUAUGACUGCGUUGGCGGGGUCAAUACCCAGGAUGAUGCGACCCACGCUGGCUCAGAACUACCCCCGCAGUGGUUUCCCACUGGAAGUGUCUACUCCUUUGGGUCAAGGCCGAGUGAACCAGCUCGGAGGAGUUUUCAUAAAUGGCAGACCUUUGCCCAACCACAUCCGACAUAAAAUCGUCGAGAUGGCCCAUCACGGCAUCAGGCCGUGUGUAAUCUCCAGACAGCUCCGGGUCUCCCACGGCUGUGUAUCCAAAAUUCUGUGCCGGUAUCAGGAAACCGGUUCCAUCAGACCCGGAGCUAUCGGUGGCAGCAAACCCAAGCAGGGAACAACGCCGGACGUAGAGAAGAGAAUAGAAGAAUACAAGAGAGAAAAUCCGGGUAUGUUUAGCUGGGAGAUUCGGGAUAAAUUACUGAAGGAUGGGAUAUGUGACCGCAACAAUGUUCCUUCAGUGAGCUCCAUCAGUCGCAUCAUGCGGAGUAAGUUCGGGGGUAAAGGAGAUGAAGAGGAAGAUGAAGAUGAAAUCGAAAAGAAAGAACUGGAGGAAAGUGACCGGAGGGCCAAACACAGCAUUGAAGGCAUCCUGGGAGACAGAUCGAGUCACUCAGACGAGGGUUCAGAUGUGGAGUCAGAGCCCGAUCUGCCGCUCAAGAGGAAGCAGCGGCGCAGUCGGACCACCUUCACCGCAGAGCAGCUGGAGGAGCUGGAAAGGGCCUUCGAAAGAACUCACUAUCCUGACAUCUACACCAGGGAGGAGCUUGCCCAGAGGGCUAAACUCACCGAGGCCAGGGUGCAGGUUUGGUUCAGCAACAGGCGGGCGAGGUGGAGGAAGCAAGCAGGAGCCAAUCAGCUGAUGGCAUUUAAUCACCUGAUUCCAGGGGGUUUCCCACCCUCAGCCAUGUCCAGCAUCCCGCCCUACCAGCUCUCUGACAGCUCCUACCCCCCGUCGUCCUUAGCGCAAGUGUCGGAGCCACCCAGCACAGUGCACCGGCCUCAGCCUUUACCUCCGUCCUCGGGUCACCAAGCCUCAGGAGGUGGAGGGCAGGGAGAAGGAGGCUCUGCCUACUGCCUCGCCUCCGGACGCCACUCCUUCUCAGGAUACUCAGACAGCUUUGUCGGUCCCGGAGGACCGGCCAAUCCUAUGAACCCCGCCAUAGGAAAUGGACUCUCUCCACAGGUGAUGGGUCUGCUGAAUCCGGGUGGUGUUCCACAUCAGCCCCAAAGCGACUACGCCAUCUCCCCUCUCACAAGCGGUCUUGAGCCCCCCUCUGGCAUGGCCGCCAGCUGUAGCCAGCGCAUGGAUCACAUCAAGGGCCUGGAGGGUCUGACUAGCGUCCCCUCUAUGUCCGCUCUGCCCUCUUUACCCAGCUCACAGUCUUACUGCCCCCCCUCCUACAGCUCACCGGGCUACACCGUGGACCAUGUGGCAUCCUACCAGUACGGCCAGUACGGACAAAGUAAGGUGCCCUUCCUUAUCUGAGGCCUGAAAUCACCUGAUCAGAUGCUUUUGGACGUCACAGUGGGACACGCAUUUGUGUCCACAGCGAUGGAAGCGAUUAACUGGACCAAAAUUUGCUACCAAUUACCUGGAAACACGGCCUACUGAAGGACAUUACAUUGUGAAUUUAUGACAGAGAAAUGGACAAAAGACAAAAGGAGGCACCACAAGAAGGAAUAUCAAGACCGUGUACUGUUUAUUGAAUCUGAACAUUGCUGCAACGGUAAACAAACCACAGAGAACCUGUUGCUUUCUGCACAUGUGGAGACCCAUCCAUGGUUACUGUCCGCAGGCAGUGAGAAAAUCCUGGGACCAAGAACCAUGCGUGGACUGUGGAGUUUGUAUCAGGACAGCAAACACACAUGUAUUGUCACAGACUACCAGCCUCUGAGUUGACGCUGAAGGGAACAUGUUUACGUAUAAAUAUCUCACGGGCCACAUGAAUCCAUAAUAAAUUCCAUGUAUUUCCAAAUUAAUCCCCAAAUUAUAUUUGCUGAAGGGGAAAAGAAAGGGGUCUUUGUUGAUUUUAUUAACAUUGCAUUUAUUUGAAAUUUCAUCCCACACAUGAAGAGAGAUUCCACAGUCAAAGAAAACAAAUCUGAGUAAAUGAAUCUGUGGGUUUUAUUGUAUGUGGAACUCUAAUGUACACCACAGCUGUACCGCUGAGAAAGUUCAUUCAGACAUUCCUCCUGCCUCUUGCCUCCUCCCCCUCUGUCCUUCUCCUUUCUGCUCUUUUCUGUCUUAUUCCUUCUGUUUCAUUGAUGUUCGGGACGGUGAGGCAGGGAUCCCGGCCUUUUGUAGUUUUAGAGAGGACUCCGGGAGGUCAGGGGUGACUUUAAGGAAAGUGACAGAUGAGAGAGCAGUCGAGGAGGGCGGCAGAGAAGUGGCUUUAAAGGGGGAUAGGCAAGAUCGAUCACAGGGUGAAAAUCCUUUAAAGAUCCUCUCCCAGUGAGAAAAAGCCACCAGGUCACAAGUCACGACCAAGCGACACUUGAGAAACUGAGAGACCAACAGAGUUUAAACUAAAGAUUGCCAACCUCCCAGCUGACCAGAAGUGCAAUAUCAUGUAUCCAAGAGUCGACCUCAACAGUUAAACAAUAAAAAAAAGCAAACGUGCCUCCUAAAGUCUUACGAAACAUUUUGGAUUCAGCCUCUGGAUCUUGCCUGGUACUUUGCAGCGGAACAACACAUGUGCCUUUGAAGGCUUUUGGGUCCAAAACAUAUAUGAAACAUUGUUAAUAUUGUUGUAGUCACAAACUGAGGGACCACAUUUGUAAAGACUUAAGUCACAGUAGUGUCAUGAGCAAAAGAAUGAAUCAAGGGAAAGCCAAUGUAAACAGCCAAUUACCAGGAAUGACAAAGCCAAAAUUACUUUUUUUUUACUAUAAUGUUAUGUUGCUUGGGACCUUUAUUUUCUUUCCACUUUGCAAAAGCAGGAAAUAUCCAUUAGGUUUCUAUUGCAUUCCGUAAAUAUUUAUUGUCACAAAUAUGCUGUGUGUCAACAGUAUAAUUGUAAACUUUUCCACCUUGUAAAACAAUACUUUAUCCAUCAAAAUUUGAGUUACAGUCUGCCUUCAUCCAAGCGUUCUGUUGUUUUGUACAUUUGUCUAUGUUAUGAAGAACCGAUCCUUUCAGCCCUUUGAUAUAUUUUUUGUAUUAUCUGACAAAGCAAUAUGACAUAAUGUCAUGUGUACAAGCGCAUUAUCAUUG